UUCUGCUUCUCUGUACCUCCAUAUCUUUUAUCUUUUAUUUUGUUCGAUUUUAAGAUUCCAGCAACCAGCUUUCAGGCACCUUUGGAAUCAAACACAGUCAAAGGAGGGUACAGAAGAAAGAGGGCAAGUCUUCAUAUACAGGCUCAACUUUAAGACACACCAGCUUGAUAAGAUCAGGCACACAGAAGGACCAUCUGCAGGGUUUCACCUCUAGACACACACAGAAAAAACAUCACCAUGCCAACCGUUAAGAGCAAGAAGAAGAAAGUAAAAAAGGAAGUCAUUGAAGCCGAGGAGCAGGGGGAAGUGGGUCUGGAGGUGGAGAUGGAGAAUGUGACCAAUAGGAGCAGCUCUGACAGCAGAGACCCUCUUACUCCAGAUCUGCAAGAUCCAGCACCACAGAAGAAGAAGAAAAAGAAGAAGGCAUCUACCAUUGACCAGGAAACAGAACAUGCUGACGUCCCAAACGGUAACAUGGGCGAGCCCAUCCUGGACAGCGAGGAAACGACGGUGGCUGUCACCAGAAGGACAAAAAAGAAGAGGAAGGCUAAGGCGACAGAGCACUACAGUAACGACUUGGGAGCUGAAGAUGAUGACAUCGUAAACGAAUCCCAGUCGCCCAUCCCUCAGCAUUCCCUGUUCUCCACUCCACAUGGCCUCAGCCAGCCAGUUGGCAAAGUCUUCGUGGAGAGAAACCGGCGUUUUCAUGCAGAUCGAGUGGAGCAGCUUCAACGUUCAGAGCUGAUGGACGACUACAUGGACCCCAGACAAAUCUGGACCACCAGAGACGUCGCUUUGAGGGUUCACAAUGGCUUCAGGGUGAUCGGUCUGUUCUCUCACGGAUUCCUGGCCGGCUAUGCUGUGUGGAACAUAAUUGUUGUGUAUGUGUUGGCGGGUGAGCAGAUGGCCACGCUGCCCAACCUUCUGCAACAGUACCACCCUCUGGCCUACCCAGCUCAGUCUCUGCUCUACUUGCUGCUGGCCAUCAGCACUGUCUCUGCAUUUGACAGAGUGAACCUGGCCAAGGCUUCCAUGGCCCUGAGAGGCUUCCUAACUCUUGACCCUGUUGCUCUGGCUUCAUUCAUGUAUUUCAUAGCCCUGAUCCUGUCACUGAGCCAGCAGAUGACCAGCGAUCGCAUUAAUCUUUAUCCUACUGCCAACGAGACUCUGUGGCCUCCAGGUUCAGAGCAGCAGAUCCUGCGACCGUGGAUUGUAGUCAACCUGGUGGUGGCGUUGUUGGUGGGCGUGGCCUGGGCUGUGGUGUCCACAAGACCAGACAUUGACUACACAGAAGAGUUUUUGAUGACAAUGGAGGUGGAAGGAUACCCAAGAGGAGAUGAACAUCUGGACAUGCCAGCCUAAAAAUCCAUUUGUUUAACUUUCUAUCACUAUUAUUCUAACCCAAAAAUCUGUUUUGUUGCUUGUUUAAUGUAUGUUUUUGUACAAUAUUCCCCUUACCACUUGUUUACUGAGUGUAAUUUUGUAAAUAAAUAAAGAAA